UAGAGCUUUAUCUUCAGUCAAUCAAAAGCUGAGCGGUUGCCCCAGCAACACCGUCUUUCCUCAGCCAAUCACAUGUCGAUUAUUCGCACUGCGUCAUUAAUAAUCAUGACGUUCCCCCUGGCGCGUCCUACGGUUUUUAAAUCUCACCCCGCCAGGCAUUCUAUCCUGCACUCCAACACCACCACUUCCGGUCGCCCGGAUCUUCUGCAGGAAAUGACGUCAGUGCAGACAAUAAUAUGGCCUCUAGAAUGGCUGGAAAGGCUGCAGGCAAACAUAAUGUUGUAAUUCCGUGAAAGUAACGUUGGUUUGUUGGCACGCAGGGUCGCGUACGGACGAGAUGUCAGCACCGAUCAUGAUUUUUUUACCUCCAGUCUUUCUGAUCUCUAAAACAGUUUAAUCAGCGGCCCUCCAUGUCAGAAGGAUCCCGGGCUCCGUGGUCGAAGCGGGGUUGUGUGGAGUCGCAUCGCCGAGAACAGGGGAAACACAAGCAAAGGAAAUGUGAGCGUCCUCUCAGCACACUGACAGCGAAGCCGCCGACCGGCCAGGAGGCCUCCAAAAGGUGCUUAAUGGCUGGGGACGUUGAGGUGUACCUGUCACAGGUGCAUGAUGGGAGCGUGUCCUCGGGCUUCCGAGCCUUGUAUGAGGAACGCCUCCUGCUGGAUGUGACACUCCUGAUAGAAGAGCAUCACUUCCAGGCCCACAAAGCUCUGCUGGCCACACAGAGUGACUACUUCCGGGUCAUGUUCACGGCAGAUAUGCGGGAGCGUGACCAGGACAAGAUCCAUAUGAAGGGGCUGACAGCGGCUGGCUUCGGCCACGUCCUUCGCUUCAUGUAUUAUGGCUCGUUGGAACUCAGCAUGCCCACAGUGCAGGAGAUUCUGCAGGCGGCCAUGUAUGUGCAGCUCACCGAGGCUGUGGAGUUCUGCUGCUCUUUCCUGUUAGCCAAAAUCUGCUUGGAGAACUGUGCUGAGGUCAUGAGGUUGCUGGAUGAUUUCAGUGUGGCUGUAGAGGGAGUGCAGGAGCGGCUGGACGCCUUCCUGCUGGAGAACUUUGUGCCUCUGAUGGCCAGGCCAGACUUUUUGUCCUACUUGAGCCUGGAGAAGCUAGUGGUGUGCCUGGGCAGUGAGAGGCUGAGUCGGUUCCCGGAGAUUGAGCUGUAUGAGGCUGUACAGGCUUGGCUCAGACAUGACCGACGCCGCUGGAGACACACGGACGCUGUGGUGCAGAACCUGCGCUUCGGUCUCAUGACACCAACACAAGUGUUUGAAAAGGUGAAGACCUCCGAGUUCUAUCGUUACUCCCGUCAGCUGAGGCAGGAAGUGGACCAGGCACUCAACUACUUUCACUCGGUGAAUGAGCAGCCGCUAGCCGAGACAAAGUCCAACCGGAUCCGAUCUGUUCGGCCUCAGACAGCUGUGUUCAGAGGGAUGAUCGGUCACAGCAUGGUGAACAGCAAGAUCCUCCUGCUGCAUCGGCCCAAGGUUUGGUGGGAGUUGGAAGGUCCACAAGUUCCACUUCGGCCUGAUUGUUUGGCCAUCGUCAACAAUUUUGCUUUCCUGUUGGGAGGUGAGGAACUAGGGCCAGAUGGAGAGUUUCAUGCAUCAUCCAAGGUUUACCGCUACGAUCCAAGGCAGAAUUCCUGGCUGAGGAUGGCAGACAUGUCGGUCCCUAGGUCAGAAUUUGCUGUUGGUGUGAUCGGAAAGUUCAUCUACGCUGUGGCAGGACGGACACGGGACGAGACAUUUUACUCGACAGAGCGCUAUGACAUUGCAGAGGAUAAGUGGGAGUUUGUGGAUCCGUAUCCAGUUAACAAAUAUGGCCACGAGGGCACGGUGUUGAAUGGAAAACUCUAUAUCACCGGUGGUAUCACAUCAUCCUCCACCUCCAAACAGGUGUGUGUGUUUGAUCCCGAGCGCGAGGGAGCAUCUGAACACCGUACGCGCCGCAAUCCCAUUCUUACCAACUGCUGGGAGAACAAAUCUAAGAUGAACUAUGCACGCUGUUUCCACAAGAUGAUCUCCCACAACGGGAAACUUUAUGUGUUCGGUGGGGUUUGUGUAAUCCUGAGGGCAUCUUUCGAAUCCCAAGGCUGCCCUUCAACGGAAGUGUACAAUCCAGAAACGGACGAAUGGACCAUCCUUGCUUCCAUGCCCAUUGGGCGAAGUGGGCAUGGGGUGGCAGUGCUAGACAAACAGAUCAUGGUGCUGGGCGGAUUGUGCUACAAUGGCCAUUACAGUGACUCUAUACUCACCUUUGAUCCUGAGGAGAACAAGUGGAAGGAGGAUGAGUAUCCCAGAAUGCCUUGCAAACUGGAUGGCUUGCAGGUGUGCAGCCUGCACUUCCCUGAGUAUGUCCUGGAACACAUGAAGCGCUGCAGCUGAGGGUCUCUGAGAAGGAUGAGGGGGUGAAAAAAAACAAAAAACAAAACAAACGUUUACAAAUGUGAAAGUAGUCUUCAUAUACUGAUUACACUUUUAAAUAGUAGGCCAGUGCUUAUUCAAGAACAAAAAGCUCCAUACUUUUUAGGUAGGGGGGGAUGUCAGGGGGGAUUGGUUAAUACUGCUGGUUAAGCUGUUUAAGCUUUUUUUCCCCCCAAAAUUAGCUUUCUCAUUUAAAGAGGACUUAAAUGGCAAACAUUUCUGUGGACUUUAUUUGUGCAUAAUACGAUAAUACGUCAGUCUGUUCUGUAAUUGUAAUGUCCUGUACAAUAACAGCAUAGUGCAUUUCCACCACGUUGUUAAUCGUGAAAUUGCCCUAUUCCCCUCUUGUUCUGUUUAAUGGUGUUUGAGGAAGUUUUGUAUGUGUACACACACUCCCACACACAUAUAGAUACACGCAUGUGCUUCUUCUACCACUUCCAACUCUGAUGCAAUCUGCUGCACUUAUGAACAACCGGACAAAAAUAGACAUUGUAAAUGUCAUUUAACAAAAAAUAUUCUUUUGUUUUUGCUUUAAUAUUCAUUUGUGUUGAUGUCACGCACUAUGAGAUGUAGAAGGUUUUGGAUUAUGAUUAUAAAGAUAGUGACACUAAUCUGUGAUGUGGAUUAAAUUUCGCACUGUAAAGGGUGUUUUUUAAUGCUAGGCAAUAACACUGGUCCUCCACUACUGAUGAAAGGGGAGAAUGAGAGGAGAGAAAAGGCGAUAUAUUCAUGUCCAUCUCCUACUAACCUCUGCCGGAUAUAUUAACACUAUAACCCUGUUUAAUUUAUUAACUUGAUGUAGACCUGUCUUGAUCCCACUAAGAUAAACCAGCUGCUAUUUUCAGUUUUGUCACAGUUCUGUUUUGUUUCAUGAGCAAAGGGCUAAAGCACAUGCGUUUUCUUUUUUUUUUUUUUUCGGGAAGCGGGGUGGGAGGGGACAUGCCAGGGUCAUGCCUAGGUAAAUAAAAAAAUAGGUCUUCAGUCUAAUAUGUAAAGAAACAUAUUUAAAGGCCACCUCUGUUUAUAUAGUAUUGUUUUGUACAUUUGAUUAAUAAUCACAGAGAGGUCACUUUGGAUGAAUUUCUCAGGUUAGAAUGUGUAGCUGGACAAAUUGAGCUGACAGUGCAUUGAUAACACUCAGUAUUAUUAUCAUUUUCGAGGUGCUGCACAAGGCAGUGUAGCACACUGAGAGGAAAACGCUAUCAGCUUUCUUCUGCAAACAUGAUUUCACAGAUGCCGGUGAUUGGUUAGUUUUGCUCACUUAGCUCCUGGCCACAAAUGGCCGUGGUAUUGUCAGGAUUCGAAUGUGCGAAUAGUGCAAGGCCAUAGAUGAGAAUGUGCAAGGUCAAGCAGAUGUGACUUCUGAGAAUGUCUCAAGGUAAUAUUCAUAAAUGUUUACCAUCUUUACUGUCAACAUUAGCUAGCUGGCUAAUAUACUAUAUGGCCAAAAGGUUGCUAAUACCUCACCACUCACACCCAUAUGUCCUUUUUGAACAUCCCAUUCCAGAUCUAGUCCCCUCAGUCUGCCUGCCUGUCUGUCUGUCCAUCUAUCUAUCUAUCCACAAGAGCAUUUGUAAGGGUCAGGCACUGAUGUUGGGUGAGGAGACCACUCGAAACUUGGUAAACCAUUUCUUGGACCUCACUUUGUGCAUAGGGCCAUUGACAUGCCAGAACAUAUUUGGGCCUCUUUGUUUCAGCAAAGGGAAACUGUAAUGAUACAGCAUACAAAGACAUCCUAUGCAAUUGUGUACUUUCAACCUUGUUGCAACAGGUUGGGAAAGGCCCACAUAUAGGUGUGAUGGGCAUGUGUGCACAAACUUGUGGCCAUAUAGUGUAGGACCUAACCUGACAGGACUUCUGGGAGAAUUUUUAUGUCAUGUUGGUAAAUGUUUAGAAUUAAUAUUAUCUCUAGCUGGCUCACAUAAUCUAAAACCUAUUUGAGUAUAAUCCUAAAACUACCUUUGAGCACCAUGUGCCCACUCAAAUACAUUGGAUAGGUGUCUUUGAGGGCUCAAAAGAUACACACGUGUCUACAAACAGGUUCUUCACAUACAGAGCUUUAGUAUGUGCAAAGAAUUUACAAACAGGUUGUCCACAUACAGAGUUUUAGUCACUGAGGCACAGUUAUUAAUUAUGAAUGUUUAAUUACUGUUUGACAAAAUACAUGAAAGAAGUCAAAUUGUACCUAUAGGAAGCUGCCAGAUUAAAUGGCUUAAUGAUAUUUAGCCUUAAAAGCCUGAACACAUCAGAAGAAAGGCAGAUCAGUGAACCAUCUAUCAUUAUCUAUAUAAGGUAUAUUGGCUAUUCCACAGUCUUACUUAACGCAUUGUUUUUUUUGUCCAGCUACACAUUAUUCAUGAGAUUGUUCUACCCAGUCAGUUGACUUUCAUGUAGUAACACUCAAUUCUCAUCUUCUCUAUUACGCUUUCCAUUAGGCAUGCGCGGUUAUACAAUACAAUACAUUAUGAUUUUCGACACCUCAAAGGUAGAGCCUGUCUAGAUAGGUAGCACCUUGGGCAGCGCUUGUGCUCCUAAGCUAAGCUCUGUCCAAUUCAGAAGGCAGCUUUUUCUAAGGCUUCAUAUUUGCAUUUCUUCUUGAAGAAGGCAAUCCCAUAAUAGUAAUGUUAAUGUAUAGUUCUAUACGUUAUAGACUUUUAUAAACCUAAAUUAUUUAUUUUAAUAUCAGUACAUGCCUACCUCGUAUCUUUUCCCCCUUGGAUUCAUUGGCUUUGUACUGAUAUUAUGUAUGGUACUGGUUUGAACUUCCUCAAAUACUGACUCCCUCAUGUCUCUGUCUUGUGGGUCAUGUUUUCUUUUUCCACAACCAGCUGUCAGUGUCAUGUACAUAUAGACACCAAACUAAAGCCUGAAAGGGUUUCUGCUGUGCAGCUUAAGGUAAAAAAUGCACAGGUCUAUCCAAUUUAGAUUUAUCCUUGUCACAUAUAUCCUUCUGCAAAAUAAUCUGAAUAAACAAAUCCAGUUUAAUAAAACAUAGCCCUGUAUCUAAACUGUACUUGAGCAUUAAUCAGAUUACUGAUGUAUUUACUGUGAUCUGAUGGUCUAUUGCUACUUGGAGACUUUGUAAGUUCUUUCCUGAAAUAAAUGUUCCUAUUGUUCAGUUUUUCA